UUGGAGGGGUUGGUUAUGUUUUCUGGAACAUCAAAGCCCGAUUCCAAAGUACAAAUUCCAAAUUAAAGUUUCACUGCUCCCAAUUUCCGAAAGAACAAAAAAAUCAAGGAGGCGAGUCAAAGCUCAACUCAGUAAUGUUUCCGUCCAACCACCAGUUUUCAAGUCAACCGAGGGCGUUAACGGUUGUUGAAACCACGACUUCAAUGCAAGUGGAUCUGAAUGAAACCUCUUUCAAUUCUAGGGAAGAAAUGCAAAAUGGAGGAUUUUCAGAAGUUAAAUCCAUCAUGGAGAGCUCUGAGAAACUUCAAGAUGAUCUUCGAAUGUUGGGGAUGAAAAUCAAGCAGCAUGAGGAUAGCAUAAAACUUCUAAAGACUCAGAAGAACAAAUUAGAUGAUAAUAUACUUGAUAUGCAAGUUUUGCUUGGCAAGUAUCAUUCUUCUAGUUCGCCUAUUGAGAACAAGGACCAAUUUCAUCUUCAAAGUGAGCAUGAAAUAACUGAACAAAUUCUUCGGCAUGAAAAGUCAGCAGCAGGAAUUCUAUAUCAGCUGAAAACUCAUCAUGGCCCUCAAGCUUCUCAUCUGAGUUUGACAAAAGAUGUAAUGGGUGCUGUUGCUACACUUGGCAAAGUAGAUGAUGAAAAUCUUAAUAGGCUUUUCUCAGAGUACCUAGGAGUGCAGACAAUGUUGGCAAUUGUUUGUAAGACUUUUGAAGGUGUUAAAGCUUUGGAAACAUUCAACAAGGAUGGUUGCAUAGACAAAACUUCUGGUCUGCACGGGAUUGCAGCGUCUAUUGGGAGAUCUCUAGAUGGCCGAUUUAUUGUAAUUUGUCUUGAAAGUUUAAGACCUUAUGCUGGUGAUUUUGUAGCUGAUGAUCCCCAGAGGAGGCUUGAUCUCUUAAAGCCAAGAUUACCAAAUGGGGAGUGUCCUGCAGGCUUUCUUGGCUUUGCAGUGAAUAUGAUUCAUGUGGACAGCUCAAACUUAUCUUUUGUCACUGCCAGUGGGGAGGGUCUCAGAGAGACAUUAUUUUAUAAUAUGUUCUCCUGUCUUCAAGUAUACAGAACCAGGGCAGAGAUGGUUCUUGCUCUUCCUUGUAUAAGCGAGGGAGCAGUCUCUCUGGACGGUGGGAUAAUCAGAAGCAAUGGUGUAUUUUCUCUUGGCACUCGGGAAGAGGUAGAUGUGAGAUUCCCCAAGACCUCGAUAAUGUCGGAGGAGCUGCAAAGCUACAAUGAAACCGAGAAGCGGAUGAAAGAGACGAGAUGGCAAAAGGAAAAGUUGGACGAGGAUAUUAAGAGAGAACUCGCGUUGCUGAAUCACGCCAAGUUCAAUUUUGAAAUAAAGAAGCAAGACUUUGUCAAGUUUCUUGCUCAAAGCUCAUCAUAUGCAACCCAGCAUCAGUUUCAGGCAGCAAGGAGAUAAUAACAACUGAAGUCUAAUGUUAUCAGAUUGAACAGAGUGCAGAAUCAUGAAUCACUUGAGAAAGGCAAAACAUUUAUGUGUUUAUCUUUAGACUUCUUCUCCUGAUCAAAAUAUGCUUUUCUCAUGUUGAAAAUAAUGCCCAGUUGUUUCUCAAAAUGUAGGCGCGGACACCAGAUUUGCGUCUUUAGUAAAUACAUUUAUUUU